AUGUCUUCCAAGGUCCAACUGCCCACGCCAGGGCUCUUGCCUUCGGUCUCCAUCACCCCCCGUUUGCUCUCCGCAACGCUGCUGCCUCAGACCAUCGACAACUUCCCCGAGGUCCUCUACCUCUUCACCAAGAGCGAUUUCAAGACCAUCCUCAUCCCCGUGACCCUCUUCGCAGUACUCUCUGCACCUGAGAUUCGGAUUGAACGUCUCGUCCCCGCCAUGUGGUGGACAUGGUUACAUCUCCUCCAGUUUUGCGUGUCCAACCAGACCAUGGAUCCGGAGGAGGACGCGAAUAACAAGCCAUGGCGGCCCAUCCCCGCGCGGAAGAUCAGUCUGGAGGCGGCGCGCACACUACGCUGGCUACUGUUGCCCGUCUGCCUGAUUCAGUCUGUCGUGUAUGGCGUUCCAUGGCAGGGCCUGUCACUCGCUAUUGCAUUCCUCGCACAUAACGAGUUUGACCUCGGCUCACAUUGGGUUAUCCGGAACCUCUGCAACUCUUGGGGCUACGCCUCGUUCAACGCGGGCGCGAUAGCAAUUGCAUCGGCUGUCCCUGGGCACAUGCUUGAUGCACGGACUAUCCUGUCCUUCGGCUGCAACGCCCUCAUCAUCUUCACUACCAUUCAUGCCCAGGAUUUCCGCGACGAGAUUGGCGACAGGAUGCUCGGACGCCAAACACUGCCCAUCGUAUGGCCUGAGUUCAGCCGCAUCGCGAUCCUCGCGCUGAUGACAGCAUGGUCGGUCGGCCUAUCCGUUGCGUGUGAGAUCAACGUAGCAUGUUCGUUGGCGUUUUGCAUCCUCGCGGUAUUUGUCGGGACCCGCUUCUACGUAUAUCGUGAUGUGGAGGCCGACAAACGCUCUUACCUUUACUACAACGGGUGGCUCGCAUUGGCACAGAUUGUACACACACCCGUCCUUCUGAAAAGUCGUCUAUCUUAUUGCAUAUGA